AUAUUUACUUAUCUCUUAUGACAACGAACGGGAGAUUGUGAAUGGGGAGGCGAUUUUGGGGUUGAUGUUUUCCUUGUCUGAGUGAUAGGCCUAAGAACAUGGGGUGUUAAAGAGUGGACAGGAGUUUGUGUGAGAGGCUGAGAAGGGGCUGGUGUGAGAGAAGUUUAGCAGGAGCUGGAGUUAUUGGUCUGAGAGGGUCUCUUGGCUAUUAUAACUAAACCACUGAUAAACAAGAUGAACAGACACAAAAAAAAGAUGGCGGAGCAGUUUUUGAAUCAUGCCCUGGGCAUCAUCUACUUGCUGACAGGAGAGGAAUACACCAUUGUAAAGAAAAAUUCCUCUCGCAGCAGCAUUCACCGAUUGACUGGAGAGGUACCUAUAAAGUGUGAUGACGUUGCUGUGUAUUUCUCUAUGGACGAGUGGGAGUUUAUAGAGGGACAGAAUGAAAUGUACAAGGACACCAUGAAAGAGAAUCGUCCACUCAAAACAGUAGGAGCCGAGAGCUCAGAUUUGACAGGUCAUUGCUGUGAAAACGUACAAGCAGAAGAGGAGGAGAGAGAGAAACUUCCACAAGGGGAGACCCACUCGGAUCUCUGUACAGACUUGACAGGUGAGUGUGAAAAUCUGCAAACAGAAGAGGAAGAGCGAAAUGAAAUUCCACAAAUGGAGAAGCACUCCGGUCUCUGUACAGGAGAAGAUACUGAUGUAUUAAAUACUGGACAACAUGAAGACUUGUGUGCAAGGAGCCCGCAGGAGAUUUCUGACAGUAUUGACCCAGGAAGCAUUAUAGCCAGGGCCAAUUCAACCAUGGGACCAAGAGGGUCCAACAGACCCAGGCAGCACUUGACAAGGGGCAGCGCAUCAGUGGCUGAAUCAGUCACUGUCAGACCCAGACCAGUCCUGUCCUCUGUCUCCGUGGGGGAAGUCGCUGGCUCCCAGCAGCAUAACCUCGUCAUGCACAAAGACAAAGAACCGGUCAGGGGCGACAUUCAAGAGUUCCAGGAAAAUCUAUUUACUGUGUUAGUUAAGGAGGAAAGUGAGGACUCUCAGCAGACGGAAAACCACUCAGACCUCUAUGCAGACGUAUCCACUCACCAGUUUUCUGGGGAAGAAUCUCACAUUAUAGCCUGCUCAUUAACGGGGAUAAACGAAGAUGAACCUAAUCUACAUAUGAAGACUGAAGUUGAAAACUCUGAAACAAACCCUCUUAAAAGAUCAAAAUUCCCUGACUAUGGAUUGCUAAACUCUACUGUGGAAUAUAUGUGUGAUCAAAAGGAAGUGAUUGUCAAUGAUUAUAGUGAUGUAAUAUGUGGAACCAGACUUUUUAAUCAGCUCCAGAUACCAGAAUCUGAUAAAUUAGCCAAUACAAUAUCAGAAUUUGAUAAACGCCAAGUAUCACUUACGGAAGGGACCUAUGAAAAAUCUUAUACAAAUAAGAGGCCAUCUAGUUCUCAUAGAGGGAAAAAGUUGCUUGUCUGCUAUGAAUGUAAGAAAGUUUUUACUAAAAGAUCUGUACUGAUUAUACACCAAAGAACUCAUACUGGUGAGAAACCAUUUAUUUGUAGAAUGUGCGGAAAAGGCUUUGCUGAAAGAUCAAGUCUAAAUAGACACCACAGAACUCAUACAGGGGAAAGGCCUAACAUUUGUUCGACCUGUGGGAAAGCUUUCUCUGAAAGAUCAAACCUAAUUAGACACCAACUAACACACACAAGAGAGAGAUCGUCAUGAGAACGGAGGCGGAGAGGGAGGAUGAGAGGCGGACCAGUGUGCAGACCUGAAAAUGCCUGCGAAACGGCCAUUUUGGAAGAGAUUGAAGAGUGUGUGGGAGUCAUCUGGGAGUAUUGUGGCGGUGGGACAGCUCAAAGUUGUGAGCAAUAAAGUGAAUAUUGUAAAAAAAA